AUGGGUAUCUUCGGCUGGGACGACUCCCACGAAUCUCACCGCAAGGUCUACGGUGGGGAGAAGCACGAGGGCAAGCUCUCGCACGAGCUGAUCGCCGGUGCCGCCAGCUUCGAGGCUUUCAAGGCCUUUGAGGACCACCAGCGCAAGGAGGGCAAACCCGUCUCCCACGCCUUCGCCAAGGAGCUCCUGGCCGGCUUCGUCGGCGCCGAGGUCGACAAGCUGAUCGAGACCAAGGGCCUCGACGCCCUCGACCGGCACGAGGCCAAGAAACACGCCCGCGAGAACGCAGAGGCCCUGUACGACGACCACUACCGUCAUGCGGAGCAGUAUGACCCGUCGCGCUGUAUUACUUCUCCGGAGCGACCUAACUUCAAAAUCAACCAUCCAGAUGGACCACAGUUAGUGGUCAGUAUUCGAAGGGCUGCCUUGGCAGCUCUUGGAAAGCGGACUCGUUUAAACAAAGACUACCUCAAGCUCCUGUUAAAAUGCUCUCCACCUGACCCAGACUGUGAUUUCAAAACCUGGAUCAAAGGGCUAGCGGAUAAUCACAUGUGCGCCGUUCAAACACUUUUUCAAUUACAAAGCCUUCGUGGAAUGUGCAGAAUUCCUUACCCUUCGCCGGAUGAGAUGGCAGGUGAUGUUGUCUCUAUUUAUCCGGACUUGUUGAACAUCAGUUUGAUGCCUGAUGUUGGGAAGAUUCGGGAGUACCAUAGUCUGCUCGUCAGACUGCUUCCUGAAAAAGAGGCCACAGUCACAGAAUAA